AUGUUAGGUUCAGGAGACGGUGGUCACAUUGUUAAGUUACGCGGUCUGCCUUUUUCUACAACAGUUGAAGAUGUACUUGAUUUCUUGGCAGGUGUUAAUGUAUUAAAUGGAAAAGAAGGAGUUCAUUUGACGGAAGUGAGACCUGGCAGACCCUCUGGGGAGUGCUUUGUAGAAGUAUGUGAUCAGGCAGAUGUUGAAGAAGCUUUGAAGAAAGAUAAAGAAAAUAUGGGCAAGCGAUACAUUGAAGUUUUUGCAACUGAUCGUCAAGACAUGGAGUGGGCCUUGAAUGCCAUGAACCAAUCAGAGAAUGGGUUUGGUGGCAUUCCUAAUUUAAAUGAUGACAUGGGAAUAGUAAAGCUUCGUGGCUUACCCUUCGGGUGCUCUAAGGAAGAAAUCAUCCAGUUCUUUGACGGGCUGACGGUGGCCCCUGAAGGGGUGCAUUUGCUCUACGACCACACGGGAAGGGCCUCGGGCGAGGCGUUUGUUCACUUCGUUGACAAGGGGAGCGCUCAGGAGGCACUCAACAGGGACAGGGAGAAAAUAGGACACAGGUAUAUCGAGGUGUUCCUGAGUUCAGCGGACGAGGUGAGGGCGUACGGGACCCGGGACUCGGGACGUAGCUCGUCUAGAGGUCCCAGGCCGACACCGUACGACCGAGGCGAUCGAUACACGCCAAGAUUUGCUCGCGGUCGCGGCUUUGGCAGAGGGGGCGGGUUUGGCGGGCGUGGCGGGUUCCGGCGCGGCGGCGGCUACUGCGUGCACAUGCGCGGCCUGCCCUUCAAGGCCACGCCGCAGGACAUUGCCUACUUUUUCAAGCCGAUUCGUCCGGUGAACAUUAACAUUCUGUAUGACAACAGCGGACGACCUUCAGGAGAGGCAGAUGUUGAGUUUGAGUGUCAUGAUGAUGCAAUGAGGGCAAUGAGACGCGACAAAAACAACAUGGACCACCGCUACAUCGAGCUGUUCCUUAACUCCUCGCCCGGGACUGGGAGCGGCUUCAAGUCCAACAGGAACUUCCGCAACAAUUAUUGA